ACUGGCUGUCCUUCACACCAGGGAGUCGUAAAAGCCCGCCCCCCCUGGUAUAUGGUCCUGAGCAUCGAUAAGCCAUGAUGAUUAUUGAAAAUGGGUUUGAGUGUGGUAUAUCUACGUCCGCAUAAUAAUAUUGGAGAAGCAAAAUAGUAGACCUACCCAUUCCCAGCAUGCAGGCUGCAAACCACCGUCCUUCAUUUUUCUGUGAUCACAGCGUUGCUACACUCAUGCUGUAGUCAUAGUGAGAAAAGAACCUUGGCCUUGUAAACUACAUGUGAGCGGAGAGAGAGAGAGAGAGAGCUAGAGAGCAGCAAGAAAUCCCAGUUCAUUUCCGAACUCACUGCGCUGCAUGGAAGUCCCCGUUCUAGCUUGUCUCUACGUUGUGUUACAUGACUGUACGUAUUUCGAAGUGCUAGUAGAUCUACCCGCGGAAUGUCCUUGACGCAGAGCGAAGGAGAUCUAGUUCUGUUUGUUCGCCUAGCUGGCAGCGACACUGGACAGGCCCAUGGCAAUGCAUCUUCUCGGAAUGGUCACUCCAAAACGGUUCGCUGUUGCACCGGUUUAUUCGGGGGGAGGAGAGAACUGGUUUGCUUCGUUGACCACUCUUGACUGGAUGUGGUGCUUCCGCGAGCAUAUGAUUGCAUUGCUUUCCAGCUUCGCUCGGCACGUUAGCUACUGCAACGGACUGUUAACGGGAACAGACGCACGUGCCAAGCUGCAGUGCACCACAACUGAGUCGUAACCAAGGCCAGCGCAACGAUCGGACGUCGAUCUACCACAUUCACAAGUCAGCAUGCGCUGUCACGUCUGUCCGUACCUGGCGACUGUACCAUGUGUACUGAUUGUGCUGGCGAGCAGGAUUGCUGUUAGCGCGGCAUCUACGACUGGAGCGCUAGCGACGACCAGCGCCAGCGGGUCGGUGUGCAGCAAAGAUCUCGAAGGUAGCCUUCCAGGGGUCGGAAAUGGACAGUAUAACACAGGCUUGGUCACGUUUGACUCACAAUCCGCCACAGUGGAGACGAGACAGUUCAUCAGCUCUCGUCCGUUUCAAUCCGGGCUGCUCUUCACGUGCAGGGCGAAACAAAUGGUUGGAGAAAACAGAAAAUUGUCGAUAUGUCAGCGCGCUGUCACCGAUAGUCUUCACUGUUAUCCGAGCACAAAAGUGGUUUCCAAUGGCUGCAACUACUUGGAAGCCACCCUUCCCAUUGAACGGCACCAUCUGAACACGGAAAUGUGCUGCGUUGCUGGUACAUUGCUAGGCCUCGCGGUGAAGGUCUGCAUUGUUGUGAGGGAUGAAAACACGGUUGUCUACUCAACGCCCGCACCGACACUCGGCGCGUCCAAGCCGAGCUGGCAAACAUCUCCCUCGUCCUCACCGCCCUCCUCGUCGCCGCCAGCACCGGCAUCAUCAUCAUCAUCACCAUCGUCGUCGUCGGUGCAAGCCAGCACAACGCUACCUACAUCGUCAUUGAUCGGCAGCACAGCUACUGCACCAUCAUCAAUCAGCAGUACUGCUGCAACAAGUGCACUGAAGGGAACCACCGCAACCGACCCCGCAGCAGGAGGAAACACCACUGAACAAAAGACAGCGCCGUGGGUGAGCGACAACAUAGUCACCCUCGUUCUCAUCUCCCUGCUGGCAGUUUGUAUUGCAGUGAUUAUUGCCCUCCUCUACAAGCAGCAUAAGUUGUGUGCGAUACGCGACAUCCCUCGUUAGGGUGAUCAGCGCAGAGAUAUGGAGGUGAAGGAAAAUGUGGCGGGCGAUGAUCAGCAGAAAGAAUGAUACUGAUGGUGAAAUGCGGCAUCUAACAGAUUUCACUGCAUGUCCAAAGGCUCAUCCGCAGCUGCCGUAGCAGAACUGUUGCUCAUGGAUCUUCCAUUGACCAAAAGUCAGCCGAUGCAGCACAGUCCGGCGUCACAAUGCUGGACGAGGGCUGCACAUGUACGUGUAGGUGUACGUGCAGGUGUACGUGCAGGUGACGCGGAACUACGGACGCGCGUCACGCAAGUUGCUUCACGCUGCAGUCAUCCAGCAGUGAAGCAUUGAACGGUGAGACAUUGACCAGCGAGGCAUUCGCCAGUGAUGCUCCAGCGCCCUGAGAGCACACACACACACACACACACACACACACGUACCGAUGCUCUCCACCCAGUCCUGAACACAAAACACACACACCGACACAGCGGACUUAGCGACAUGCAUUGAAGAAGUAUUGCCGAGUUGUCAUGGCCUGUCUGUACAACGGUCGUUGUUGGAGCUGGGGGCAGGCCAAAUAUGCUGAUUGACAAUAGCACCUGGCACAAAUCCUGACAAGGGAUCGGCAUAAUAUUGCAGCUGCAGCAAUGCCGAAGUGAAGGAGAUUUAGUACAUUGUAGUGUACGAAGUUCUGGCAUGGACACACAUUCAUUUUGGUGCAACUGCGUGCUGUGAACAGCGCCAGCAUAUAUACGCACAAACUCUCUCUCUCAUACACAAACACUUCUUUUCUCUUUUCCUUUCACAUGCACCAUGGUUUAAACCAGGAGUUGUAAACGAGAUCGGUAUUUUACCACUCCUGAUAUAAACUGGCUAUUGGACACAUAGCUGAUCAGUACGAGUACUAUGAUCCAUGUUAGUACAGGUUGCAUUGCGCUGGCCCAUGUUGCUAUUUUACACGUUAAUGCCGUGGACGACAGGAAUGAACGCCGACGAUGUUCUACGGCACAUUCACACAUGUACACACACAUGCACACUUGCACACACACACACACACGCACACAUACACACACACACACACACACACACACACACACACACACACACACAUACACACACACACACACACACACAUGCACACACGCACACACACACACACACACACACACACACACAUACACACACACACACACACACACACACACACACACACACACACACACAUUGAACCUUGAAUCUUGAACCUUGAAUCUUGAACCUGAACACAUAUCCAGAGUCAGACACGACGUCAUCUGAUCGGCGAUCAGUGGGAGACGCAGAUUUGCUUCAGUCUGUAACAACGAACCAAACUCCUGCCAUUCGAAGAUGCCGAGACCUCUGGUCGGUUGAGCAUGGCAGCCCCCACCUCCUGGUGCACAGUCUCACGUUCAUGCCAGCCCAACGUGGCUUUUCGGUGAGUUGUGUAUCAUUAACAAAGUGACUAUGAAAAUGAUGGCCAUGACUGA